AUGCUUUCAUUCAAAGGUUGGAAGAUUCUUCUCAGUAUCCCUAUCAAGUUAUUGUCUGUCUUGCUUAAAUAUCCAUUUUCCGGAGGCGUAAACAAAAAAUUCCAAUAUGACUUGCUCAAUUCACUCAAGUUGAUUCUUUAUCGGACGGCUUUACAUAUGCCUGUUAGAGAAAGUGCCUUGUUGUCAAUCAUGUCAAAUCAUUUCAUCCUCAACAUAUUAAUCAAAACUUUAUAUCCCACCUUAACAAAAUUACCAAACUACGGUAAAAAAUACGAUAAGCAAAGCUAUUGGCUUGUGAAGAGCAGAGACAGAAAACCAAGUGAUCCAAUAUUGAUUUUCUUGCAUGGUGGAGGAUAUUUUUUUGAGACAAUGCCCUGUCAGAUUGAAUCAUUAUUGAGUAUUUAUCAUGUGUUAGAUGCUCCAAAAAAAAGUAACUUGUCAAUUUUGGUUUUAGAUUAUAAGUUAGCGAGUAGAGGAUACAAAAUUCCUUACCAAUUAACCCAGUUGAUUGAAACUUAUAUCAAUUUGGUGAAUGAUGGCAACACCAAUAUGAUGCUAAUGGGAGAUUCUGCUGGAGGUAAUUUGGCCCUCACAUUUUUGCAACACUUGCGAUUAGACCAUGUCAAUCUACCAUAUCCAACCAGUACCAUAUUAAUUAGUCCUUGGGUAAAGCUAGCACCUGACGCAAUACAAAACACACCUGGAUACUCUUACUAUGAUAACACACCAGUGGACAUGAUUCAAGUUGACUUUUUCAGGGAUGUUGAGAAACAAAACGCCAUAUUGGGAGAUAUAGAGCAUACUGAAUUAACUAUAUCUCCAGGAAAUUGUCUUUACCGACAUGAGGACUGGGAGGAUAUCCCUUCAUUGGUUGAACCUGGUCACUCAGUAUUUGUGAUUGUAGGUGAGCACGAAUGCUUUAGAGAUGAUGUUUUGGAAUGGUGUCAUUUUGCUUUGAAAUCUCCUUUAAUUUCGCAAAGAGAUGAUUCAAAGGGUAUCUUUAACCCGAAGAUUCACGAGUAUAUCAGAAAUACUGAUAAUUUUGCCUAUGUUGAGGUGGUAGUGGAGCCAUGGGGUGUUCAUGACUCAGUAUUGUAUUUUGAAAACACAAUAAUCUCAAAGGUCAAGAAAAAUCCGAAAUUGAAGGUAAAUUCAUUGAAUAGUCAUGAAUAUUUCGGAUUCAUCAAACUUGCGAAUUUCUUGAAUAACGUCCUUCCAGGAAGUUCACAACCAAAAUCUGUAUAA